UGUCAAAAUGCCUUGUAUAAAUAACAAGAUGAAAGAAAUAUAGUUUCUUACGUUAAAUCAAUAUUUUCAAAAUGAUUGUGCCAUUUUUUCUCACAUUAUCUUUGUGUUCAGCUCAAGAUUACUACUACAACUCGUACAACGGGUCCCGUCCUACCCUCUCCGGGAUUGCCUCGUACAGGUCCUCGUUGACAUUGGACUGGAAUGAUGCCGAGGAUCGGAGGCAGCGGGAGCUGGUGGCAGCCUUCGAGACAGAGAUCGUCCCAAGCAGGAUCAUCAGCUCUGACUGCAUAGAUUAUGAGCGACCUUCACCAGGAAAAAUUGGACGACUUAUCUUGGAGUUACUCAAAAAUCUUGAAGGAGAUGAUGGAAAUCUUAUCCCAGAUUUAAUACAAGUAUUGGUGCGUUCUAAAUUGCUGGUGGAAACUGCGGGGUUGGAAUCCGAGCCGGACUUGGAGUCUUUGGUGAAGACACACGGCAUGAUGGUGGGGGAGCCUCACACCACGUUUCCCAGGCUCUUGGCAGCUGUGUGGAUGCUCGUAACCGAUCCAGUUACGACAAAGAAGUUUGGAUGGUGUCCUAUUAAGAAGAUAAACAAAUUCCUUUCAACCUCGACACCUACGGAAGUUGCUAAGCACAUGCGCAACCUGGAAAUGGUGACAUCAAGAGCCCGGUUUAUAAUGGAGGAGUUCAUUCAGAGCGUCACACCCAUCGAUAUGUACCGGACUAGCACGCGGAGAACAAAGAGUUCCUCGGUACUGACGAAUGCGCCGAAUCGUGCUUACAAGGAAUCGAGGCGAGCGUACACUUCGGAUGAACCCGAAUUUGCUAAUAACAAGUGGCAGAAAUCCCGAGCACCGCAUUUGCCGCUAUCACGCGAACGAAAUACGAAGUCUAGCAACGACGCUAGGAAACUAAUGUAUGUUAGCAGAAGUGUAUGUCCGUCGAUCUGUUUGUUGAUUCAGUUCAUUCUUGUCAUCGUGUUCGUUUUGUUAUAAACUGUUUUAAUUUUGU